GCGUCGGACAGACGGCGUCAUCGGCGGUGCCGAGCUCAGACUCCCGCCGACCGCCGGAGCCAUCGCCUGCAUCAGGCGCGUGUUCCAUGGGUUGCAGGCUGUGUCCCCUCGUGGUCGCAGCGGUGGUGGCCUGCGUCGCCGCUGCCCUGCGCGUGCAGCGAGACGUUUCCGAAACUCCGGUCUUCGUGGUCACCGAUGACACUCACAAGCACGAAGACGAGGAUGUGCCUCCCUUUUCGGCGCCCAGACCACAUUUCGUGGGUCAGUGCAAUCGCGUGCCCAACUGGGUCAUGACAGAACGUUCCCCAGGCUACAAUAACUUCAGCAUUGUCAUCUCUGGGAAUCCAAAGAAGUAUGUUCCUGGAGAGGCGUACACGGUUUCAAUCCGUGGACGCAAAGAAGCUCUCGGUGGAGCAACUUCGCAAAAGUUCAUCGGCUUCACUUUAGUCGUAGAACCCGACGAACAAAAUAGAAUCACCCAAGACGUCGGCAACUUUCAGUUAUUUGGAGAUGCCUUAUCUAAAUUUUCAGAAGACUGCCCCCACGCUGUUAUGCAAACGUCGCUAGUGCACAAAGCCGAGGUCAGCGUGCUGUGGGUGGCACCGCCGCCAGCGUCCGGAUGCGUCAUUUUCAAAGCAACAGUAGUUGAAAACAGAGACGCAUGGUACAUGGAUGAAGGAGAAUUAACAAAAGAGCUAUGCCAGGAAGAACAGGAGAACGAAGACGAGCAGCCAGAGGUACUUGACGAAUGUUGCGCCUGUGACGAGGCCAAGUACGAGAUGACCUUCGAGGGACUUUGGUCGAGAUACACGCAUCCCAAGGGAUUUCCAGACAAUGAGUGGUUGACCCACUUUUCGGAUAUAAUUGGAGCCUCCCACGGAUCCGAUUUCAAGAUCUGGGAGUACGAAGGGUACGCCUCGGAAGGCGUCAAGAGCGUGGCCGAGCACGGGGCUACCAAGAAGCUCGAAUCUGAGCUCAAGGCCGAGUCGGGCAAGAUCCGCACCAUCAUCAAGGCUCGCGGCCUCUGGUACCCGAACGUGAAUGGCAAGACGUUCGCCGUGUUCCGAGUGGAUAAGAAGCACCACGUGAUGUCCAUUCUGUCCAUGCUGGGACCCAGCCCGGACUGGAUCGUGGGCGUCAGCGCUCUUGAACUUUGCCUCAAGAACUGUUCCUGGAUCACCGAGAAGACGAUGAACCUCUACCCGUGGGAUGCCGGCACCAGCGAAGGAGACACCUACGUUAUUGGCCAGAAAGAGGCGACGUCGCCUCAACAGCGGAUCCAGCGGAUCACGUCGAGUCAUCCCCACCACCCGGACUCACCGUUUUACGACCCCACUGGUGCUCCUAUGAAGCCUGUCGCACGACUCACCGUCACUCGGCAAAGAAUUUACGAGAAAUCGUGCGACGACGACGUUGAGGCCUUCACGCCAACCUUUGAGUUGCCCACGACAGUUGACCAAAGACCGGAGUGUGCCGUGACUGAGUGGUCCCACUACGGCCCCUGCAGCGCUAGCUGUGGUCAAGGUAUACGUACUCGAACAAGGAGCUAUUUGAUGCGAGACAAAGCCCACAUGUUCAACUGCAAGACGCAGCUCAUCGACAGGGACACCUGCGAAUCGGAGUGCAAUGGCGAUGUGAGCUGUGAGACGACGCUGUGGAGCAGUUGGAGUGAAUGCAGUGCCACGUGCGGCAAAGGGAUGCGACACAGACGGCGCAAGUACAAGCAUCACAUGGCGAGGAAGCUGUGCGCACUAGAACUCAUGGAGAAAGAAAUGUGCGAGGGGCCCAUGCCAUCCUGCAAGGACCCUCCAGAAGUUAUUGAUCCGGACUGUGCGGUGACUCAAUGGUCGGAAUGGUCCCCGUGCCCUGCUACCUGCGGAAAGGGAGUGAAGGUGCGCACCCGAGCCUACCUCAAUGCCAAGACGGCUGCCAUGGCAAUGUGCAACGUCGAGCAACUACAGAAGGCACCCUGCAUGGCAGAGAACCUGGAUUGCCGCAUAGACCCUAAGGAAGCACACGAAAUCUGCCACCUGCCAAAGGAUAUAGGCCCGUGCCGCGGCUACUUCCCACGUUGGUACUACGACGCAUCCAAGCGCAUGUGUCUGCAGUUCGUGUACGGUGGCUGUCGCGGCAACAGAAACCGCUUCGAGAGAUAUUCCGAAUGCAACAAAAUGUGCGAAGUCACGAUUGCCAACCUGCAAGGUCUUCUUUCGCCUGCUGGGUUGGGCCAUCCACUGAAGGAUACUACGCUGCACGUGGAAAAAGGCCUCGUUUGCGCGCCGUUGGGUGCCCUCACAAGCCUUCCUCCAUAUGCAAGUAACGGGGGUGGGACAGCUGUCCUUCCUAGCUACGUGUCUGCAACGACAACGAGCGACCAGCCAUCUCCGCCGGUCAUCGACUGCGUCUUCACACGCUGGUCCGAGUGGACUCCGUGCUCCAGGACGUGCGGCAACGGACGGCGUGAGCGCAGGCGCAUGAUCAAACUCAAUCCGCAGAACGGCGGCAAGCCAUGUCCCAAGAAGCUCGUACAACGUCGCAAAUGCAAGGAGAAUCCACCAUGUCCGGUUGACUGCAUGCUUACCCCGUGGGGCGAGUGGCAACCGUGCUCCAAGACGUGCGGACCAGGUGCAGUGCAGGAGCGCCACCGAACUGUGAAGCGACACCCGAAGAAUGGCGGUACCUCGUGCGCUCCCACUUUCGAGCGUCGCUACUGCAGUCUGCCUCCCUGCGAAUACCACCUGCACUGAGGGCGUCUCGGCUACACUUGCCGGCUCUCCAAUGGACAUCAAACGAAAGUACUUCCCGAGAACGCACCCCAACGACGGUAACCCCGGACACACAUAUCAUGAUCACUUCUAGAGCUAAUAAGCAGUAGGGCAAAAACGCUUCGCUCUCACCCGACUUCUGACGAUUCUUCAGCAACACUGCUUCUUCUUCGUUGCUCCCUCGAAGACGCAUCUCUAUCGUACUGACUCGGUCAAGCAUUGAACCAAAUAAGUUAGCGCUCUCGUUGCAUGCUGCUGCUUUUUUGGCCAGUGCGUUUCUUCUUUUCUCCCUGGCAUAGCAAAUGGUCGAUUGGACACGCGGUAGUGUUCAAGUUGAAUGAGCUCGUAGACUCUCAUCUAUAAUCUCCGUUGUAUCAUAAUUGCCGCGAUACAGGCCUCACCGUUUUAUCGUGAAGCGUCAUAUAGCGGACGACUCCUGCUUUACUCGCUGCAGCACAUUUUCUGGCCUCACAUGGGUGAAGGUAAUUCGAGUCUUGCGCCUCUAACGACUUGCGCUUCUGGCAUUUCGAACGGGAUAGUUAGUAGACGUGUGUAGGCCCUCUUUAUAAGAGUCUCAAGAAGUACAACAUCUUAGCCCAAUAUUGGACCAAUAUUGACAAUACUGGCCCAAUAUUGGUCCAGUCUAAUCCUUCGUCUAAUCCUAUGAUGAGACAGCACCGUGAACUAACGUACCACCCCAAGCAGCACAACAUCUUGGCCCAAUAUUGGCCGAAGAUUGGACCAGUAUUGGCAAUGCUGGCCCAAUAUUUGUCCAGUCUAAUCCUGCGUCUAAUCCCAUGAUGAGACAGCACGGUGAACUAACGUACCACCCUAAGCAGCACAUCUUGGCCCAAUAUUGGUCAAAGAUUGGACCAGUAUUGGCAAUACUGGCCCAAUAUUGGGCCAAGAUGUUGUGCUACUUGGGGUGGUACGCUAGUUCACGAUGCUGUUUCGUCUUAGGAUUAGACGCACUCAUCAAAACUACACCCUGAAAAAAAAGAACCUCACCGCAGAGCACGCUCGGAAUCAAUCGUAAUUCGGAAUGGCAUCGUUCCCUUCCCUGAUUAGUUGAGAAGCAGAAGUGUAUUUCUUUCUGUAUCAAUUAACACAUAUCAAAAUUGUACAAAAAUGCGUACACAUACUAUUUUCAGCAAAUCAGGCAAUGAUAUCAUGAGGGAUGAUGAUUGCUUUCAGAGCGUGCUACGCGGUGAAGUUCAGUUCAGUUUUUAGAGUGUGUCAGGAAAACUAAAAAGGAAAGUAAAAGUAAUAGCGCCUUAGAUGUGUUCCUUUUCACGAUGGACUGAUUUUAAUAGACCUUAAAUUGAAAAGCGUAGUAAAGGAUAUGUGUGUCGCAAGAAAGAAGUGAAGAGAAAAAGGAGCGCUAUACCUUCCUGUGGCAUUUGGUCUAAUGUGAAGCGUCAUCUCAUUGUGAGAUGUCGCAGUCCUCUCGUGGAAUUAUUUGUGAUUGGUUGGACAACCCAAUGAAUCUCCUGACAAAUAGAUUGAGACAUGCAUUUUCCCUUUUGACCAGUUUGUACAGGGUGUUUGCUCUAACAUGUCUAGAAAUUAUAUUUAAAGCG